ACAUCCCCAAGCAUUUCCACAAGUCUCCCUUCCCUCCUCCGGUGGAGUGAAAUGGGUGAUGUCUUCUCGUUCUGUAUCUGAAUUUGAGAGAGAGAGAGAGAGAGAGAGAGAGAUGGUACUACCGGUAUUGAAGUUAGGAACCCUGGCUGUGAAAACCUUCAGCAAACCCAUCGCCAAUCGCAUCAAGAAAGAAGCCGCGCAUCACGCCAAGUUCAGACAGCUCAUCAUCAAUCUUGCCCAGGCGAACCACAGGUUUUCCACGCAAAUUCAAAGGCGCAUUUACGGUCAUGCGACCGACGUCGCCAUACGGCCUUUGAAUGAAGAGAAGGCUGUCCAGGCUGCUGCUGAUCUCGCUGGUGAACUAUUUGUGUUCUCGGUGGCCGGAGCGGCUCUUAUAUUUGAAGUCCAAAGAAGUUCCAGAUCAGAGGCAAGAAAAGAGGAGUUGCGCAGACAGGAACUAGAGGCAAUGAAAAGGAGAGACGAAGAAUUAGCUAGAGAAGUUGAGCUGCUUAGGCGGAGAGUUGAAGAACUGGAUGGACUUGCUGAAGGACGUGGACUUACUGGUAUAAGGCAAACACACACAACUGUAAAUGAGAGUGCAAGACCAUCUUGAUUCCUGUGCUUAUAGCUCACACUACCACUGACCAAUUUUGUGAACUCAAAUAUAGAAUUGCUAUCUGCUGGCCGGAGUCUUGAUUUUUUCUGACUAAUAUGGUCAAACAGAUUAAACUAGAUUGUACCCAAAUACAGAAUCUAUGAAGCAUGACGUGAAUAAUUUCCGUC